AUGGCAGUGGCUACUACGACACCUUUGGAUCAACCCCAAGCUGUUCCUAUCCCCACAACAGGCACAGAGACAACCACGCCCUCAGCUACUACUAGUCCAAUGCCGAGCACUGUACCUGGACAAACGGGUCCUCAAGCAGUUCAUCAACCACCUGAUGUAUCUUAUGUGCCUCUAUCACAAGUUACCACAACUCCAUUACCUAGUAUUGCUACUACAUCCAACACAACAACACCCAGUGCAGCCAGUGGAACCACAGGGGUUACAACGUCUGCAACCAUGACUCCUGCAACCACUACUACAGUAACUACGACGACCACUCCAGCUUCAGCGCUGCCAAGCGCAGGCGCAGUGGUUCCACGCCCUGAAAAGGAUGAGAUCACAAAGAAGGAGGCACCGGAAGGUAGCGUGACUACUGAAAAGAAGCUCAACAAAAGGUUGAGCAAACUGGUAAAAUUUCAGAAAAACAACCUCAUGACAAAAUGCAAAAAUGGAAGACAUACAUAGAA